AACAACGCGGUGCAUGCCUCGACUGGGCAUACACCGUUCUUCGUGAACGCCAUGCGACAUCCACGCCUUCCGAGCACGCUCGGGGCGGUGGCUUCCUCCUUAAGUGGGGGAGAUUCUACGGUUGCGUCCGAACAACCGCAGAAGAUAGCUGAUACGGAUCUAUCAGCUGCGACGACAGGUGCGAGCGUGAGAGCCCGCACACGACAAGGCGGCGUGUCAGUGCCGGGCACUGACACUGUGAAGAACCACGAGCAGGCGACACCUGCUUCGGCCAAGGACAACGUGUUUGUUCGGUGCACAGACACCGCGAAGACUCACGCACAGGCCAGCUUGUUGCGCGCACAAGUGAUGUAUCGAUACCGGGCAUCGAUACUGAGAAGCUUCAUGCACAGGCUGGGCCUGUUGCGAUCAUACACCACAAUGAGCCACGCACAGUCUGGGACUGAUGCGACUACAAGUGGCGAGGCUGUGGAGGACAAGUGGCGAGUCUGUGCAGGGCACAGACGCGGACAAGACCAAUGA